CUGUGUUAUUUUAGUUGCUGAAGGAAACAAUUUCUGUAGUUCCAGAGAAAUCAUCAACUUUCCCAAUAAAUCACAAGCCACCGACAACAUGUUCCGGUAAAAGCCCUUACUCAAUAACGAAAAGAUUGGCUGGAAAAUUACGUGCUAAACUGAAGAAUCAGACCUCAAAGAAAGUGUGAAACAUCGAAACACUAGGUUAUUAAGCUUAAAGUUUUGUACAAGGGGAUGUUUCUGAUAAAAAUUAGCAUCACUUUCUGGCUUCCUACAAGUGGCUGAGUUGCUUCUUUUUGGUGUCAUGAAAUGUUGCAAAGAGGUCACUCACGGAGCUUGUUUGGAAAACAUGGCAGUGGGUUGGAAAUAGUCUAUACCUUGUCUUCCCGGUUGAUGAGCAGUCUUCCAAGUUACCAUAUAAGGCUUCUUACAGGACUUAAACUCAGUGAACCUUGCUGCUAUAACCAAACAUGGCAGGAGCUAGGAAGGAGUUGAUGUGUUAGUGUUUGAGAGCUAUAUCUAAUGGAUGCACAAGUGUAACAAGCCUCAGAUCAAUGCCAUGUAAGUUUCCAGUUUUCAAUCUAAUGCUUUCUAUUCCAUCCAAUUUCUUCUACUUUUUGUGAACCUCGCUGCCAUAGCCAAACACAACAGGAUCUAGGAAGGAGUUGAUUCUGUCUCCCUGCAUGCCACUUCUUACUUGUUUUAUGAAAAUUGGCCACCAUUUGCCCCAGUUGUUCAUAAUGAUAUUACAAAUGAUAUGCUGAUUUAUUGACAAAAGUUGAUGUUUAUUGCCCUUCCAUCAUUCUUAGGAUUGGUUCUGUGCUUUUUCUGGAAUGACAUAACUGCUACUGCAGCAUGCAUCAAAGGGGAAAGAUGGAAGCUCAUGCUAGUGAAUUGGAUCUCGUCUUCCCAUCAUGGUGACAGUUCGCAACAUCUUACAAGAACUAAAGAUCAAACAUUACUGUUUUGAACAAAUACACAAUUGUAAAAAUAUCAAAAACAUGUUCAUAUCUGUUUAUGCCUUGUGGUGAACAAAAGGGAAAAACUCUU